AUGGACUUUCUCCACGGCCUUUCUGGCACGUUCCUUUCAAUCAUUUGCCAAGAGCAUAAGCCUCAGCGGCCUCUGAACAUUGAGGACCGCCCUGCCAUCCCCCUGCCGCCCGCCCAUCUCGAAGUCAUCAUCGGAGAAAUCGAGACUAGGGGUGACUUCACCCACGAGGCGUGGGUGGAGUGUCUCACCGCCCUAGAAGCGCUCAGAAGCGAGGACGAGCCAAACGUAUUCCAAGUGCUCGAUACUGUCAACGAUGCCUACCGAGAGGUGGUCGGCGACCUUAAGGAAAUUGUGGAGUUGCAGCAGGAUGUGAACGAGGACAUGAGUAUCCUCAUCCGCCCGGAGCUUGACGUGAUGAACGAAGACACUGCUAACGAAUUAAUGUACCAAGUCAUCGAAGAUUUUCGGAAGACGCUUGUUGAGGCGGACAAGACCCUCGUCGGAAUUGCAACCGAUGAGAACGGCGAAGCUGUCCCUAGGCACAUUGGAGUUGGAAAGCUGCACGAGGUACUUGCGCAUUUGGGAACGUUUCUCGAAACACAACGAAACGCGGGCAUAAUUUUUAUGACGAUUUUGGAAAUCGUCAAGCUCCAGCAGGUCAUAUCGGACAACGGGGAGGGCAAGUGGCUCCAGCCACUGAAGGAGACACUUGGCGAUGCUCUUUAUGAGCAGGUUGUCCAAGCCGGGGUAGUUUGA